CGGAUUAUAUCAACUCUUCGUCCAUUCCAACCUGCAAUGAGGCAAUUUUUCCGCUUAACUAACUGCGUCAAUCAUCUUCUUGGCCAGAUGCCGUCUUUCCUCUUUCUAUGCAACAGAUUUCUCAACAUGAUCAUCAUUUUAACUUUACUCACACCAGCUGCUGUUAAUUACUAUCGAGCAACCUGGUACAUGUUAGACUUGUUCGUUUUUCCAGAUGAUAAACUUCUCAGAGCAUCAUUUACGUUUACAGUAAGCUUUGGAACGUUAUUCCUAAUCAUGCUGGUGGGAGAUUAUAUUAAGGAGUCUUUAAAUGCGAGAAAAGCAAAAGAAGUGUGGUAUCAUGUCCUUUUUUUCCCUCUGGCAUUUUUAACCGUUGCAGCUUGGAAAGGUCCAUGGAUGCUUUUAGAUCAAAUCACGACGCCUUCUCUUCCAAGUGCCUGUGUUUCUCACGUAAUGGGGUUUUUAGUUCUUGUAUGCACAAGAACUACCUCAUCCAUAGUUGCCAUGCCGGGUUAUUGCUCAAACGAAAGACACAUCAACCUAUCCGAGAGUAUUCUUCAAGGAAAGCAUUGUGUAAAGAACACGUCGAACACCAUAUGCGGUGAAAUCGCCGCAAGGAUCUUCAAUAGUUUCGUUACUGUGUUUAUUAUCGGAGUUGCAGUGGUGAACUACUGGCGAGGAACUUGGCUUAUCAUUUUGACCACACUACAAUAUCUUGACAACGAUCUCAUCCUAUCAUCAGUUGUACUGAUUAUCGUGGGAUACAGCAUAUGGAUUGUGUGUUAUGUGUUCACUGAGUUCCUGUCAACGAUCCCAAUGAAUCCACCUCAUUCCAUAUUAAACCGUGCCUUGGAGCAGGUCUUUGUUUACAUAUUGGCAUUUGGAGUGGUGUGUUCUUGGGCGGGCAUUUGGCUCCUGAUGGAUGCUUGUCUUCCGUCGGAUCUCCCAGUAACUUGUGCGCUGAUCGGCCAUUUUGUAUCAAUCGCUGUCCUUUAUGUUUUGCAAGCUUGCAUUAAUUUGAUUGGUUCGCCCACUGGAUGUACAGUUCACAACAGUGAGAAGCUUGACGGUUUCGAUAUGGGAAGCUACUUCGAAAAGCCUCACAGGAUAGAACCUGAAAAACAGAUAGAAAACGGGGCAAUCAAGCAACAGUUGAUCCGUAAUUAUGAAUCCACUCAACUCAAUUAGUCAGUAGCUUUCAUCCAUGCAACCUUCCUCAAAUCUCCACCAGAAUUCUGAUAGCAUUACCUCGCCGGUACUGAGUGGUUUUGUUUGUGCGUACAGCAUCACUAUGAUUUCAAGUUGGUCGUAAUUUGUGGGUUUUUAAAGCCUUCUCGCAAAACAAUACUCGCCAUAUCAAUUUAAUUAUAGCGUUGAAUUGACAACUACACCGGCAGAACUCAAAGGAAAAAAGUAGCUGGAAGACAACUCCCCAUGAAUUCACUGACCAUAUACUGUACCUCAUAAAUUUAAAUCGUGGGAAAAGGAGUUAAAUUACAAAUAGAAAGGGCAGAUCGAAUGAAGGGGAGGCCUGAAGUAGGUAAAUAUUUCACUUAAACAGAAAAGGUUCAAUUUCUUUCUUGCAUUGCUUCUGUCAUAAAGUCGUGAAAGAACCACACUCGUAUCGUCGAUUAAACCUUUUUAUUAUCUUCUAGUCUCGAAGCUUCAGAAACUAUACACAAGAAAUUUGAUUCAAAGGCGGUAAAUCAAAAUCGAGUUUUGUCCUUUACACGCGUGACUAAUAGUUACAUAAGUAAAAAUCGAUUGAAAUACACGUAACUGUUCGUAACAGCUUCAAUUUUAAUUAAAAGGCUUAAAACUGUCUCUACA